AUGUCUCCCCCGGAUGCCGAAGCUAGUACUGUGCCAACGUCAACAGCUUCGGUUACAACACUUCUUGUUCUCGUUCAGCUGAUCUCAAAAGUACUUACAUUUGCGGCGAAUCAACUAAUAUUAAGGGACUUGCCACCAGCUACUCUUGGCGUAGCAACUCAGCUGGAACUCUAUCUCAUUACAAUACUGUUCUUUUCAAGAGAGAGUAUCAGGUUGUCGAUUCAAAGACAACCGCUUGUCGUCUCUAUCCCCUCCGCGACAGUUCGUUAUGACAUCGAUGCAAUUGACAACAAACCGGACGCCUCUCGGCAGCCGAGUACCCAAGAAGUGGAAUCACAAACUGUGGUCAAUAUGUCCUACUUGAGUCUAGGAAUGGGUUUUCUCUUCGCUGCGAUACUGGGUGCCUCAUACUUCCACUUUGCCUCAGAUGAAGUCUCUCAAACAUCAUCUUAUCACCGAAGUGUGAUCAUAAUCACUAUCGCUUCCCUUCUCGAGCUUGCAAGUGAACCAUUUUUCAAUGUGAUACAGAGAUUUUUCCUAUACAAGCGACGCGCACUUGUCGAGAUGAGUGCUGCAUUUAUCAAAAGCCUGGUAACUUGUUCUAUCUACAUGUGCGGCCCCUUUGGGAAUAAAUCCUGCAUCGAUGUUCUACCCUUUGCCCUUGGGCAUUUGAGCUACGCAUGUACGCUUCUCGGUGGCUUUUUCGUGGCUACAAGAAAGGUGCCGAGUGAACAAAGCUUCUCUUUACUUCCCACAAGAUUUCAGUCAAUUCAUCACGGUUACUUGAUGAAUAUAUUUCCGUGGUCAAUGAUCUCGCUGGCUGCAAGUGUUUUUCUUCAGUCGAUAGUCAAACAUUUACUCACGCAAGGCGAUUCGAUGAUCCUUGCAGCCAUGACAAGCCUAGAAGAUCAAGGCAUCUAUGCCCUCGCCUCCAACUAUGGUGGCCUUGUGGCCCGCAUUGUAUUUCAGCCCAUCGAAGAAAGUAGUCGCUCCUUUUUUUCUUCAUUGCUCCACAGUAGCGGGCCCGAGAAUCAACGCGCAAAGAAUCUCGGUCUCGCUAAGAAGCAUCUAGCCGAAAUUUUACGAGCCUACGGUAUCAUAGCUGCAGUGGCCUUUCCACUAGGUCCAGCUCUGGUACCUUUGGUGCUCGAUUUUAUAGGUGGUCGCAGCUGGGCCUCCACAAAGGUAAAUAGCUUACUAUCCCUUUACUGCCUCUAUAUACCAUUCCUGGCUUUCAAUGGCAUAAGCGAGGCAUUCGUUUCGUCGGCUGCUAGCCCAUCGGAAGUUCGGAAACAAGCACUGUGGAUGGGGGGGUUUUCAGCUUGUUUUGUUUCAGCAGCAUACUUAUUCUUGGUGGUCUGUGACCUGGGUGCGCAGGGGAUGAUCUAUGCCAAUAUUGUGAACAUGGCAAUCCGUACCACCUGGAGCUUCUCUUUUAUUCGGUCCUUUCUACAACGUCGCGCAUUGACAAUAGAAUUACACGAGCUGCUUCCGAAGCCCCAGACGUUCCUGGCUGGCAUCGUCACUUCGACACUUUUGAUGAAAAGAGGUUCUUACAGACUCAACUCCGGAAAUAUUGUAGGCACCGUGAUGUAUAGUGCUUUAUACAUUAUGAUUGUGUAA